CUUUUAUUGGAUGUGCCGCUGUCAAGCAGUGCUGAAGAAUUGGAAGGGCAAACGCCAGAAAAGGCAGAGAAAAGACAAACAUAAAAUCAGCAGUAUGUAGCUCGGUGCUGCCUCACCUCCGCUCUGCUUCACCGCCAACAAACCCGGCCGUCCCGGAUUUCAGAUCCGAAACUUGUGGACACGGAGCGGUCUUGUUUUUUCUGUUUUUUUUUUUUUUUUUUUUUUUUUUUUUUUAGAUUUUUUUUUUUUUCUCUGUGUGUCUCUCUCUCAAGCGAGUGCAUUCUCCAGAGGUGGUACCUCCACAUAUUACAAUCUGACAGCCUCUACAUCCCUUUUUUCCUCCACAAUGAGAACAAACCGUGGAGCCUGCUGACACUGUAGCCAACUGCACCCGGGUUUGGACCUCUUAUAUCAGGCGGAUCAUCCUCAGCCGGCCAGCGGAUGCCUCUGAAUGGAGGUUUGCAAAAAGCCAUCCACCAAGAUUUCCCCGCUUCCUAAACUGGUGAUUUCUGCCUGAUAAAUGGAGUGUGCUGUCGGACUACAUAAUCAUGGCAUUAUGUUUUACGGAGGGUGUUUGACAUCGGAGCGACUGGCCAGAAUAACACCCCGCAGUGUGAAUAUUUCAGCCUGUUGAUGAUGAACCGCUCAGGACUGGAGCAAAGUGUCGUGAGAACCGGUUUAUGGCCCGUGUCUUGAGCUGAAGUGGGCACCCAGAUUGUUUAAAAGAGAGAAAGAGAGAGGAAAAACAUCAUAUUUGAUGGCUCCGGGGUGGGGGAGGACGACUACACAUGAAACCUUGGACACAAAAUAUGGAUAAAACUAUUGCAUGAAGCCGGCGGGGGGACUCCAUGGUGUGUUUAGGCCUACUUGAUAACACUGAAGUUGAGGGGGAAAAUGAGAAAAUGGUGAUUUGGUACGAAGAAGGCGAGAACAGGAGCCGGAGUGAGGGAUACAAAUCGUCCAUGGGGAUCUGAGCAGUCCAGCUGAAGAAUAACGGGAUCCAAGUUUUCGAGGAUAAGACAGCUGCUUUGAUUAAAGACCUCCAAUUAACUUCAUGUGAAAAAGACAGGGAGGAAAUCAGCUUCCUGGUCGGGGGGUGGGGGAUAGGGAGAUAUAUUAUUCAUGCCUUGUGUCAGAGCAAUUGGAGAACCGGCUUUGCUGUGGCCUAGAUGAUACAUAUAUGUGUAUUUAUAGAGAUAUAUAUUUAAGACAAUUAAACCUUAAGUGGAAGAGUGGACCUUGUGAAACAAACAAAAAGAAGGGCGAAUGACACUCGGGUAGCCUCAAAGUAAAGCACUUGCGCAAAAAGAAAAAAGGCUGAAGUGGGUUGAAGCAUGGGCUGUGCUUCAAGUAUUCAUAUCUCUGAUAGGGUGGUCUACCACAGUGGAAAAGAGUCCGAGGAUUCCCACUCACCCCAGCAGACUAACACCACUCAGCAUCAAGGAAAUCCUGCCUCGGGACUACCCCUAAAACCCCCGAGCUGCAAGACCACAUUAACAGAGGUGCAAUUUGGACCAAUGAAGUUAUUUAAAGACCCACUUCAGGUACUUUUAGUUUUUGCCAAAGAGGACAGUCAGAGUAAUGGCUUCUGCUGGGCAUGUGAGAAGGCCAACUUCAGGUGCAGCAUGGCACGAACACCCGAGUCAGCUCUUGAAUGCUUCUUGGAGAAGCAUCAUGACCUUGUCAUCAUUGACCACAGACAUUCCAGACACUUUGAUGCUGAAGCACUAUGCCGGUCAAUUAGAGCGCUCAACUCUUCAGAAAACACUGUGAUAGUCGCCGUUGUGAAAAGGCCAGACAGAGAGGAAGCCUCUGUGAUGCCCCUGAUCAAUGCCGGCUUUAAUAGGAGAUAUGUGGAGAAUGCCAAUAUGAUGGCCUGCUAUAAUGAGCUGCUACAGUUGGAGCAUGGAGAGGUGCGGGCGCAGUUCAAACUGAGGGCUGGAAAUGCUAUUUUCACAGCCCUUGAACAAAGCCAAGAGGCCAUAGAGAUCACUUCUGAAGAUCAAGUAAUUCAGUACGUGAACCCUGCCUAUGAGUCCAUUAUGGGCUACCAACAAGGCGAGCUAAUAGGGAAGGAAAUAAUAGAAGUGCCUAAAAGUGAGAAGAAUAAGCCUGAUCUCCUAGAAACAAUAAAUUCCUGCAUACGGAAAGGAAAGGAGUGGCAGGGGAUUUAUUAUGCCAAAAAGAAGAAUGGAGACAGCAUACAGCAAAAUGUGAAGAUCACACCUGUAAUUGGACAGGGAGGAAAAAUCAGACACUAUGUGUCUAUCAACUGGCCUUUAAAUGAUAAUAAUAAGAGUGAUAAAUCGACUGAACGUGUGCAGGCAGAGUCUCAGACAGACAUCCAAACCAGUAAGCACAAAGACCGGAGGAAAGGCUCUCUGGACGUAAGAUCCACAACGUCUCGGGGGAGCGAUGGGAGCUCACAGCGACGGCACUCCUCAAUGGCCCGAAUCCACUCCAUGACUAUAGAAGCUCCCAUCACCAAGGUAAUCAACAUUAUCAACGCGGCGCAGGAAAGCAGUCCUAUGCCUGUGGCAGAGGCCUUGGAUCGGGUACUGGAGAUCCUGAGGACGACUGAGCUCUACUCCCCACAGUUGGGCACCAAGGAUGAAGACCCCCAUACGAAUGACCUCGUGGGGGGGCUGAUGACGGAUGGUACACGUAGAUUGUCAGGAAAUGAGUACAUCCUUGCCACAAAACAGCCCCACCAUAUCCCCAGCCACCUGACAACUCCUCUGUCUUUAAAUGACAUCCCCCCUCGUAUCGCCCAGACCAUGGAGAACGAGGAAUCUUGGGACUUUGACAUUAUCAAUUUGGAGGCUGCAACCAUGAAACGGCCUUUGACCUACUUGGGCAUGAAGAUCUUCUCCCGAUUUGGGGUCUGUGAGUUCCUAAACUGCCCUGAGGCCACUUUGCGCUCCUGGCUACAAGUGAUUGAAGCUAACUACCACUCCAGUAACUCCUACCACAACUCUUCUCAUGCAGCUGAUGUCCUGCACGCAACGGCGUAUUUCCUCUGCAAGGAGAGGGUCAAGCAAAGUUUGGAUCCUAUUGAUGAGGUGGCUGCACUGAUUGCUGCUACUGUGCACGACGUGGACCACCCAGGGCGCACCAAUAGUUUCCUGUGCAACGCAGGAAGCGAGCUGGCCAUCCUCUACAAUGACACGGCUGUGCUAGAGAGCCACCACGCAGCACUGGCCUUCCAGAUCACCACAAGAGAUGAUAAGUGCAACAUCUUCAAAAACAUUGAGAGGAAUGAAUAUCGAACACUACGACAGGCCAUCGUUGACAUGGUGCUCGCAACUGAGAUGACCAAACACUUUGAACAUGUCAACAAAUUUGUCAACAGCAUCAACAAGCCACUGGCUGCUCUGGAGGAGAAUGGGGGAAACAAUGAUGAGGAAUCUGUCAAAAGUGUUCUGACAUCCCCCGAGAAUCGCAUCCUUGUCAAGCGGAUGCUGAUUAAGUGUGCAGACAUCUCCAAUCCAUGCAGGCCUCAGGAGCUCUGUAUAGAAUGGGCCGGACGCAUCUCCGAGGAGUAUUUUGCACAGACGGACGAGGAGAAGAGACAAGGUCUACCAGUGGUUAUGCCUGUGUUUGACAGAAACACUUGUAGCAUCCCAAAGUCCCAGAUUUCCUUUAUAGACUACUUCAUUACGGACAUGUUUGAUGCAUGGGAUGCUUUUGCAGACCUCCCGAAUCUUAUGCAGCACUUGGACAACAACUUCAAGUACUGGAAAGGCCUGGAUGAGAGGAAGCUGCACAGCCUGCGACCGCCUCCAGAGUAGGCGCUGCAGUGUUGGGCCCUGGGACUCUGCAGCCCGGGGCAGCCCUCCUCUCUCAUGCUGGGGCGUCUCUCUCCCUGCCAGCCCAGCCAGCCAAAGGGCCUCCUCGCCUUCACUCUCCUGCUUCUGUAGCACGCCGAGCGUCCACAUGUCCGUCCAUCCAGAAACCACAGAAGGACUUCCUGACGGGCAGUUGCUGCAGCAAUAUUGCUGGCUUUACAACCCUGUCAGACGAGAACUGUGACAAACAGAUGUGGACAUACAGCAUCCUUAUGAACUUCUCGUGCCUCUCGGGCAUUCGCAGUGUAGCUGGUCAAGUGACAUGACUGAGAGAGGGUCCUUACAGGCCUCCUGGCAAAGCAUCCGUCCCCUAAUUACCACGUGGGCAAUCCUGUCUGCCUGUGAAGUUGCUGUUUGACUAAAAACUGUUUGUUUACUGAAGGAGCGCGCGACACUGGAGGAGUGGGUGGAAGUGUGGCCUGCAUAUGAAGGUGUCAGGUCAUAUAAUCACCUCUGACCUCCAUCCCUGUGCUCGCAGCAAGGCAGGACUGCUACUUCUGCCCCUGGAGGCCACACCAUGAAAGAACACUCCACUGCUUUUUUUUUUUUUUUU